AUGCCGUUUCCUCGACUCCCUCCUGGGGCUGCCCACCAAGCGGCAGCGCCUCUUCCUCUCCUCCUUCCCUUUCACUGCCCCCCCUCUCACAGCAUGACGGGUGGCAACGUCUCUAAUCGCAUCAAGGAGCAGUACCCCUGGGGGCGCUAUCGCUGGCUGGACUCCCUUCUGGGCCUGCCUGUGAAGCGGCAGCGCCUCUUCCUCUCCCACCGCCUCGCCACCUCCCCUCUCUCCAACGCCCUGGGCUGCCUCGUGUUCCUGGGCACGCCCUUCUAUGUCAAGAAGUGGGAAAGGAAUGGAGUGCGCAGGCUCGUGCUGGCGACGGUGGCCAGUAUUGUCGUGAUGCUGGCUGUGAUUGCCGUUGCUGAAAGAAGUGCCGUUGCUGAAAGAAGUGCCGUUGCUGAAAGAAGUGCCGUUGCUGAAAGAAGUGCCGUUGCUGAAAGAAGUGUGGACGCCCCUUACCUGACGCCGUUGAUCGCAUCGGCACUCAUUCUUGUCUUCGCCACCAUCAGUGUCAGCAUCGAGGUGUCCCGCAGCACUGCCUUCUACAGCGGAAACAUCUACCACUCGCCCGACUUUGAUUGGUCGCAUGCUAUGUCAGCACUGGUUGUCCACGCUGGCAAGCUGGAUGAGGUUCCCAGGCUGUCCCCGGCCUGUUCACGGGCUCUUCCCGGUCUCUUCCCAGGCUCUUCCCGGUCCCUUCCCGGGCUCUUCCCGGUCUCUUCCCGGGCUCUUCCCGGUCUCUUUCCGGGCUCUUCCCGGGCUCUUCCCGGUCUCUUUCCGGGCUCUUCCCAGGCUCUUCCCGGGCUCUUCCCGGGCUCUUCCCGGGCUCUUCCCGGUCUCUUCCCGGCUCUUCCCGGGCUCUUCCCGGGCUCUUCCCGGGCUCUUCCCGGUCUCUUCCCGGGCUCUUCCCGGGCUCUUCCCGGUCUCUUCCCGGGCUCUUCCCGGGCUCUUCCCGGGCUCUUCCCGGGCUCUUCCCGGGCUCUUCCCGGUCUCUUCCCGGGCUCUUCCCGGGCUCUUCCCGGUCUCUUCCCGGGCUCUUCCCGGUCUCUUCCCGGGCUCUUCCCGGGCUCUUCCCGGGCUCUUCCCGGUCUCUUCCCGGGCUCUUCCCGGGCUCUUCCCGGGCUCUUCCCGGGCUCUUCCCGGGCUCUUCCCGGUCUCUUCCCGGGCUCUUCCCGGGCUCUUCCCGGUCUCUUCCCGGGCUCUUGCCGGUCUCUUCCCGGGCUCUUCCCGGGCUCUUCCCGGGCUCUUCCCGGUCUCUUCCCGGGCUCUUCCCGGGCUCUUCCCGGUCUCUUCCCGGGCUCUUCCCCGGGCCCGCUCUUGCUGGCCAGCCUGGCACUCAGUUCCGAGCCUAUCGCCCAAGCCUAUGUCUUCCCGCACCUGGCGAACAUGCUGAAGCUGCCCUUCUGGAAGCCCCUCCACCAGUUCCCACCUCACGACGCCGUGCCUCUCGACUGGCUGCUCUACAUCGCAUCCUUCGGCUGCAUUCUCCUCUGGAACAUCAUCUUCAUCCUCCCUGCUCUCAUCCUCUCGUUACUGUCACACAUCGUGGCGCCGCUGGUGAUAGGCGCGGUGAGGAACGUGAUUGUGGUGAUCAGCUUCGGGCUCGCGCAGAACGAGCUGAGCUUUGCGCAUGUCUUCAUGGACGAGAUUCUUGACCUGGGGCUCUCCUCCCAACACGUGGAGCACUGGAACGUGCAGGAAUCUCGACCUGGGGCUCUCCUCGCAGCACGUGGAGCACUAGAACGUGCAGGUGAGGGGAUGGUGGGUGGGCAGGGGUGUGUGUGUGUAAGGAUUUCCCUUGCUGAAGGCAGCAGAAACAGCAGGUACCUUAGUGGGCUGGCGCAGAACGAGCUCAGCUUCGCGCAUGUCUUCAUGGACGAGGCUCUCGAGCUGGGGCUGUCUUCUCGGCACUUGGAGCACUGGAACGUGCAGAAACUUCUGGCACUGGCAAAGACGCGCUCUCUACAGGGGGAGCUGAUGGCGGGGUAUGAGGAUGACACCUGUGACAUGGGGGAGGCGGUUUUUGAGGCAGGGCUACUCGGGGAGGGGUUAUCUGAGGAAGGGGUACCUGGAAAAAUUGUUGAUGGGAGGAAUGGGGAGGGUAUGAAGGAGCACCAAUCUAAGCAGCCGGCAGGGAGAGAGGAGCACGAUAGCACGACCAAGAAUGGUGAAGUGCUGAAGAGAGGUGAGAAACGCGGCGCAGCUGAGAACUUGGGGCAUGUCAUGGGGAGUGUGAAUGAGGGUGCAACAGAGGGGAAGACGCACGGGGAGGAGCAACUUCUGUAUGAGUAUUUAUGGGAUGAUAAGGAGUUGGAUGAAGCAGCUGCUAAGUGUCUUACUUACCAGUGCCUCAAGCCUGAAAUCAAGAAAAUGUGGCGGAAUCCCCGACUGACCCCGGAGGAGUCUGUUAGGCAGAUUAAAGAGCUGUGUGUGAUGAUUGAGGACCGGUUUAAGGAGCUCACAGGAAAGUUUGACCUGAAUCACGGGGCGUAUUUUCGAGAUCCCCGGAUUCUGGGGGUGGUUGCGCGUUUUCUGGAGUUUCGGGAGCUUCCGGAGUGGUCUAAAGCGAUUGAUACCGAUGUAAUGAGGGCUGAGCACAUGGUGCAUUCAAGCUGA